AUGUCCGACAAAGACGACUUCACCGCCUGGCUCGACGCCCAACGCGCCGAAAUGCGCAAAUUCCACUCCGACCUCGAGAAGGACCUCCGCAGCUGGUCUGACGCUUCCUCUCCCACCAACACCUCCCCAUCAUCAUCAUCACGCAGCGAACCAGGCCCGUUCGAACGCUUCAAAUCCUUCGUCGACUCCAACCUCGCCAGCCUCUCCUCCGGCCUCAGAAAUUUCCCCAGCAACGUCUCGGAGCUAAAAGCGCAGAUGGAAGCUGAACGUCUGUCGCAAGAAGCGCGGGAGAGGGAUAUCUCGUUCCGCUGGACGGGGAGUACGGAUUCUCCCGACUACAUCGCUACUGAACGGGAUAGAGCGACGGAGCAGGAGAAGGUGGAGGUGAAAGAGGCGGCUAUCUCGCUGCUGGCGGAGGCUUUUAGGAGGAAUGAGGGUGUGGGGUAUGAGAAGAUCGAUUGGUUGUACCGGGAUCCGGAGGGGGAGAAGGAAGCGAGGUUGGGGUUGGUGGAUCGCUUUGCGUUAGGCCCGCUGUUGAGUUGGGGAGGGGCGUGUUUUUAUAAACCGGAGACGGAGGAGAAUCUGCCGAGUACGGCGCUUUGGGGGCUGAGGAGGGAGAGGGGGUAUAGGUGGUUGAGCGUCGAGUGGUUCAAGCGGAGUCCGUACUCGCCGAUCAAUGUCGAAGCAGAAGACAAGGCGGGCCCAACGUAUCGCGCAGCGUUUGAGGAUCUGUUCUUAGCGACGCUGGAGAAGCCGAUGUGGAGCCAGGAGAAACGAGGCGAGCGGGCGCCUUUCGGCACGCCGGUGUCGACGCGGGAAGGGCCGGGGUUGGAUUGGAUGUUGAGUCUUCAGUGCAGAGGGAUCCUCCCCCCGCAGCUGCCGGGACUGUAUCAGGGACAAGGAUUCAGGUUGAAGGAGAAGAAGGCGCAGUACGAGUCUUUGGGGCAGUGCCUGAAGGCUUUCCCGCUGAGGGGUGGAAAGAAAGAUUGGGCGGCGGAGAACUGGGCGCACCUUAGAGAUGACUGGGUGGCGUUGGUGGAUGAGGUUGGGGUCAAAGCUGCGCCGGAACCUGUACCGGGUUUUUACAGGACGCCAUGGCGGGUGCCGGAUACGGAGGAGGAGUUGUAUGAAGAGAUGUUGCCGCCGCUGGAGCAGGGGAGGGGGUGUCCGUGGGAGAAGCAGGAGGAGUCGAAACCGACACUGCCCGAGAUUCCGCAGGCUAAGAGGGAGGCAGAUCAUGGUUUGGUGGACUAUCAAGUGCAGCUUGACCUGAUCGAACAACAGAAUAAGAGACGCUUGCUCAUGGGGCGGGAGGAGGCAGAGAGGAGGUGGGAGCAGCAGACCCAGCAUGAGCAGGUCGCCAAGCAGGAAGAGGAGGAAGAAGAAGAAGAAGAUUACGAGUGGGACGAGGAGGAGGAGGAUGAGGAGGAGCAGGUAGCCGCGCAACACAAGGUUGCGACCAGACGAGAUCUUCCAAAGCAAGCGGAUGUGCUCUCGCAGCUGACGACCACGCAUACGACGCGCCUAGCGGACGGGACUGUGACGACGAAGAUGGUUCUGAAGCAGCGGUUUGCGGACGGGAGGGAGGAGGUGAAGGAGAGUGUUCAGACGGUACGGGGAGGGCAGGAAGGCAGUGCUGAGCGUGGUCAAGGCGGUGGAGGAAGGGCUGAGGAGAAGAGGGAGGGGCAGGGGAAGAAGGACCUGGAGGUGGGUGGAGGAGAUGUGUGA